UUUUUGUUUUUUGGUUUGCACGCCUGUUUUGUUUUCCUCUUUGACAUCUCUAGUUCAUUCACACCAUUGACAAGCAAUGAGUUUUUUGCACGGAUUCAAGAAAAACCUCAAUAGGGCUGGUCAAAGUAUUAGACGAAGCGGCAACGAUAGAACCGUGGAUAACGAGUUUGAUGAAGAAUACGAACGCUUCAGACAACUUGAGAAAAAAUCAGAAAAACUAGCAAAAGAAGCAAAAGGAUAUCUUGACUCCCUUCGAGCCAUGACUCAGGCUCAAAAACGUAUUUGUACAAUUCUGGACAGUUUCUAUGACGAAAGUACACCGAUGCCUCAGUCUGGUAUCGAGUAUAAGAAAGCCAUCGAGAGGUUGGAUGAAGAAACCAGAACCAAUUUGGAUAAUGCCUAUCGUAAUACCGUAAUCGAGCCUUUGGCUAGAUUCUGCUCCUACUUUCCCGAAAUCAAUGAAGCCAUUAAACGCAGACAGAAGAAACUAUUGGAUUAUGAUUCAGCAAAAGCCAAAGUGAGAAGGUUGGUGGACAGACCAAGCGAAGAUCCACAAAAAUUACCCAGAGCCGAGCAAGAAGCAAAUGUGGCUCGUGAAUUAUACGAAAACUUGAAUACUAUUAUCGUAAACGAUUUACCGAAAGUGGUCGAGUUACGCGUACCUUAUAUUGAUCCAUGCUUCGAAGCACUUGUUAAAUCACAGUUAAGAUUCAGUCAAGUGAGUUACGAACAACUGGAGUCGCUAAGAAACUAUUUUCCACCGAGCAGCACAGAAGCCGAUCAGAGAGUUGACGAUGUGCUACAGCAAAUGCGAGAACUGACUAUCUGUGGCAACUUUUAGGCUUGAUGAUGAGAUGAUGUAUUGAGUUUUUGUGUAGAAUUAGCUAAUUUCAAUUGCAAAAUAUAACCGAAAUAUAAUUCCUUUUAAAAAUCA